CAUUCUGACGGCAGGAAAAAAAAAAAGUGAGAAAAAAAAAGGAAGAGUCCAACCACCAGCUUAAAAGUCUGAUUUCUACAUCCGCCCUCUUCCCAUUUUUCUUCCUGUUCAUUCUCCCCGACUAGACAUUCACCCUUUCCCUACCAUCUCUUACCCCCUUCUACCUUAAUACAUAAUCACAAUGGCUAAGACAAAGACAAAGGAGAGCAAGGCCAAGGUCGCUGAGCCUCUCAGCACCGUCAAGGCCGGAGGCAUCACCAAGCCUUCCAAGUCCUCCAAGUCCAAAUCCAAGGAGCUUGCUAAGGCUGCCGCCAAGAAGGUCACCAAGGAGAAGGACACCAAGAAGAGCAAGAAGAAGGCCGAGCCCGAGUCUUCUUCCGAGUCUGAGUCUGAGAGCGAGUCUGAGGCUUCCGACUCCGAUUCCGACUCUUCUUCCUCUGAGGAGGAGAAGAAGGUUACUAAGAAGACCGCCACCAAGGCCAAGGCUGCUGAGUCUUCAUCUGAAUCCGAGUCCGACUCCGGCUCAGACUCCGACUCCGACAGCGAGUCUGAGGAGGAGAAGCCCAAGGCUAAGGCUGCCAAGGUCAACGGUACUGCUAAGGCUGCCGCUCCCGCCAAGAAGGCUGAGUCUUCUGACUCAUCCGACUCUGAGUCUGGCUCCGGCUCCGACUCUGACUCUGACUCCGAUGACGAGAGCGAGGAGGAGAAGCCCAAGGCCAAGGCUACCGAGAAGGCUGCCGAGAAGAAGGCCGAUUCUUCUGACGACUCCGACUCCGACGAUUCUGAGGAUGACUCCGAUGACAGUGACAGCAGCGAUUCUGAUGAGGAGGCUGGCGCCAAAAUUGAGAAGACCGAGGAGGCUCCUUCCAAGAAGCGCAAGGCUGAGGAUGAUGGCGAUGCGGAUGCCAAGAAGACAAAGACUGACGAGCCCACUACCCUCUUCGCCGGCAGCCUAAGCUGGUCCAUCGACGACAAUGCCCUUUACGAGGCUUUCAAGCAUAUUGAGGGUCUUGCCAACGCCCGUGUCAUGACUGAGAAGGGUACUGGUCGCAGCCGUGGCUUCGGUUAUGUCGACUUCAACGAUGCUGCCUCUUGCACCAAGGCCUACGAGACCAUGCAGGGUGUUGAACUCGAGGGCCGUGCCAUCAACCUCGACUAUGCCAACGCUCGUCCUGCUGAUGCCAACCCCCAGUCUCGCGCUGCCGAUCGUGCCCAGCGUCAUGGUGACACUGUCAGCCCUGAGAGCGAUACCCUCUUCGUCGGUAACCUUCCUUUCGAUGUCGACCAGGACACCGUCCGUGAGUUCUUCAGCGAGGUCGCUGAAGUUGCCAGCGUUCGCCUCCCUACCGAUCCGUAAGUAGCAAUGUUCACUCUGACUCCGCGUUCCUGUUACUAACUCUCAACAGUGAUAGCGGUAACCUCAAGGGCUUCGGUUAUGUCAGCUUCAACUCGGUUGAGGAUGCCAAGCAGGUCUUCGAGGCCAAGAAUGGUGCCCCUAUUGGCAACGGACGUAUGUCCCGCAGCGUCCGCCUGGACUAUGCCAGCAGCAGGCCUCAACAGGGCGGUGGCGGCGGCUUUGGUGGUGGUCGUGGAGGUGGUCGCGGUGGCGGCCGUGGUGGCUUCGGAGGCCGUGGAGGUGGUCGCGGUGGUGGUGGUGGUCGUGGCCGCGGUGGUGGUCGUGGUGGUAGCUUCGGCACUGGUGCUAACCGCACUCCCACCACUUUCUCUGGCUCCAAGAUUUCUUUCGAUUAAGCGUGGGUUGAUGCACAACAGUUGCGAACUGAGGGCUUCUGGCGGGUUUACCAAUAAGUGGGCUUUUGUGGGCUGUCGAUUCAACACAAGACAAAACUCCGUCAUGGAGUAGUGGGCUUUGAGAAUACGCAUCACACGCGUAAAGCAGUUAUAGACCUGGGGGCUAUUACACUUGAGGGACCGUGGGCUCGUGGCAUCUUCAUAAAGCACCUUCCUGGUGUCUUUGGCUUUUUGAUCAAGCCUGUCUUCAAGGCAGACACCACGUGGGCUUCUGAGGGAUUUGUUGACCACUCUUUGGGAAGAGGCUCCCUCUGUCUUCCAGACAUUGUGGAGUGGACCAAGUCGGUUCUCGCGAAUGCUCUUGAGGGUCCUGGGGGCUUUCGAAACGAUACGACCAUGCCUAUGCCUAACCUCAGAACCAGUUGACGACGAUUUCCUGCCUUUUAAGACUAAACCAUCUUGAUUUCUUAUACCAUGUACAAUGUUUUAUCGUUUGAUGUUGGUGAGUAUACCACUGCCGUUAUUCUUUCGAUUUAUGUAGCAACGGGAUAGUCCACAUCUCGAUUAUAGGGGCGCAAUAAAAGUUCAAUUAUGUUUCUCUCAAUGACAUCACGAGGGUCUUUUCAUGAGUGAAUGUAUCUACAGUAUAAGGCAACUUAGUGAGUCUUUUGCAGUGGGAU